AUGGCGCAAACACCCCAACAACGGCGCGCAAACGAGCGCUACGCAAAGAACGAGGCCGCAAAGCGCGGCAAGCCAGUGACCAAGACCAAGCCCAAGCAGAACUCCAAGGCCCCAGUGUCCACCACCUGGGUUGUCCUCCUCGCCUUUGUGGUCUGCGGCGGACUCCUCCUGGAGCUCCUGCGGGUCGUCCCCGAGAUCUGGUCAUACGUGACGUCGAUGUUUUCGCGAAUUACAGGAUAA